AUGGCUGUGCCUUCUUUAUCAGCUCAGGACUCAAUUCACUGUUCAAUCUGUCUGGAUCUACUGAGGGAUCCAGUGACUGUUCCCUGUGGACACAGUUACUGUGUGAGCUGUAUUGAGGGCUGCUGGGAUCAGGAUGAUCAGAGAGGAGUCUACAGCUGCCCCCGGUGUCGACAGACCUUCACCCCAAGACCUGUUCUCCAAAAAAAUACCGUGUUGGACAAACUGUCGGAGAGACUGUGGAAGGCCCGACUCCAAGUGGCUCCUCCUGCUGUGUGUCCUGCUGGACCUGGAGACGUGGACUGUGACAUCUGCACUGGGAGAAAACGCAAAGCCGUCAAGUCCUGCCUGGUGUGUCUCAUCUCAUUUUGUGAAUAUCACCUUCAGCCUCACUAUAAAUAUCCCGCUUACAACAAACACAAGCUGGUCAAAGCCUUCGCAAGACUACAGGACAGGAUCUGCUCUCAACAUGACAAACUAAUGGAGAUUUACUGUCGCACUGACCAAGAAACGAUCUGCUAUCUGUGUGCAAUGGAUGAACAUAAAGACCAUGAUACAGUCUCAGCGGCAGCUGAAAGGACUGAGAAACAGAAGCUGUUGUGUGAUGCUCAGAGAAAACUCCAGCAGAGAAUCCAGGAGAGAGAGAAGGAACUGCAGGAGCUGAAACAGGCUGUGAAGUCUCUCAGGAUCUCUGCACAGACAGCAGUGGAGGACAGUGAGAGGAUCUUCACUGAGAUGAUCCAGUUGAUUGAGACAAGACGCUCUGAGGUGACAGAGCAGAUCAGAGCUGAAGAAAGGGCUGAACUGAGACCAGUUGAAAGUCACAUUGAGAAACUGGAGCAGGAGAUUUCUGAGCUGAGGAAGAGAGACACUGAGCUGGAGCAGAUUUCACACACAGAGGAUCACAUCCAUUUCCUCCAGAGUUUCCAGUCUCUCUCUGUUGAUUCUGAAUAUAAGGAGUUUCCCAGCAUCACUGUCAGUCCAGUCUUCUCUUUUGAAGAUGUGAGGAAAUCUAUCUCCGGAAUGAAAAAGAGAAUCGAGAAUUUCCUCAACGAAGAGACAGUCAAGAUAUCAGAAAUGGUCACUAGAGACCAGCUUUUCUUGCUUCCUGAGCCCAAGACCAGAGAAGAGUUCUUACAGUAUUUCUGUGAGCUCACACUGGAUCCCAACACAGCAAACAUAUACCUCUGUCUGUCUGAGGAGAACAGAAGGGCGACAGUGAGUGACACCGCUCAGGCGUAUCCCGAUCGUCCAGAGAGAUUUGACGUGUGGCUACAGGUCCUGUGCAGAGAGAGUUUGUGCGGACGCUGUUACUGGGAGGUGGAGAGGAGUAAGGGGGUUUGUGUAGCAGUGUCAUAUAAAGGCAUCAGCAGGAAAGGAGGUGGUAAUGAAUGCAGGUUUGGAUACAAUAAUCAGUCCUGGAGUUGGAUUUGUUCUCAAUCCAGUUAUGCUUUCAGACACAAUAAAAACAUCGUUAAAAUCCCGAUAGUUCCCAGCUUUUCCAGGAUAGGAGUCUAUCUGGAUCACAGUGCAGGAACUCUGUCCUUCUACAGCGUCUCUGAAACAAUGACCCUCCUCCACAGAGUCCAGACCACAUUCACUCAGCCCCUCUAUGCUGGGUUUUGGGUCACUCCUUUUGGAUUUGUUCAAAUCCGUAGUUAA